ACUUUGGGUAGAUACAUUUUAUUUUGAUUAACUGUAAAUACAACAGAAGAACAUUUGUGUUAGUUGAAUAUAUGAUCAAGUAUAGCCCAAGGUUCAAUCAAUUUAUUUAAGUAUUUUCUGUUUUAAAAUUAUUUUAUAGUUGUGAUAUUCGUUGUUCUCUUUAGUUUGAUAUUUUCAAUUAAUAUAUAUAAAAUAAAUAAUGGCUACGAAUUCAAGGCUGAUCAAAGAUAGUUUAUUACCCGAAGGUAAAGAGGAUGAAGAACUGUUAAAGAUAAUCAAGGCAGAAGGAUUUAAAGACUAUGAAAUCACAAUGUCAAGUGGAGCCGAACGUGGUGAUAACUUCACUGGAACGCUAGUAAACAUCGAAGUAAAAGGACAUAGUGAAAACGGCGAAGCAAAGCAAUUAAAUUUAAUAACGAAAUGUUCUCCGCGCCUUGGAGAUUUUCGAAACAUGAUGCCGAUUACACAAUUCUACAUAAUUGAAACUUUCAUGUACGAUACAUAUUUUCCAGCAGUUUUUAAUAUUUUAAAAGAAUAUGGUUUGGAUAAUGAUAAAGCGCUUAGAACAAAAUUAUUCUCUAUUCCAAAAGUAUAUGGAGCAUCCGCUGAACCAAUGGAUGAAUUUAUGAUAAUGAACAAUAAAAAAUGUGAAAAUUAUAAAAUGGGAAAUCGAAUGGAGCCAUUAGAUGAUGCCCAUUGUAGACUGGUUUUAAAGCAAUUAGGCUACUUACAUGGUUUAAGUUAUGCUUUGAAACAUUUAUAUCCAGAAAAAUUCGCAGAAAUCGCUAAAACGUUUGCUUCUUGUAAUGUGUUUGAAAAUGCUCCCGAACAAAUGGUAGCCAUAUAUAGAGCCCAUAUUACAGGAUUAGUUGAAAUGGGUAAAACAACUUUAGAUCCAGAAACAAAUCAACUUGAAAUUGAUAAAAUUGUGGAAUUUUCCAAAAUUGCAUUCGAUGAGUAUAUGAUGGGAUUAUUAAGGGAUAGAUCAAAAUUCGAUCCAAAAUAUUCGGUAGUAAUACAUGGGGAUGCUUGGACAAAUAAUUUUUUGUUUAAAUAUGAUGAAUUAGGCAACCUAACAGAUGACAUGGUUUUUCUUGAUUUUCAACUAUCGCGUUGUGUAUCACCUGCUAUUGAAUUACUUUACUUUCUAGCAGUAUCCGUGUCAACUGAAUUACGAAAAAAUUCAUAUAAUGAAUUAUUGGAGAUUUAUUACAGUAGAUUGAGCGAAAUGUUAUUCAAAUUUAAUUUAGAGCCUUAUGAAGUAUUACCAAGGACCGUACUUGAAAGUGAUAUGAAAAAGUUUGGAGGCUAUAUGAUAGUUGUUGGAGCUCAAGCAUUAGCAUUUCAUACAUCAAAAUCAGAGGAUAUACCAGAUUUUCAAACAAUGACACUAGACGAAUCUGAAAAAUUUAUGCUUGAAGCAAAGAAAAUGAGUAAAAAUGAUUCGUGCCAAUCAAGAUUUAAGGGUAUUAUAUUAUUCGCUAUUGAACAUGGUUUUAUUUAAAUAUAGAAUUUUCGAAAGUG